UCUCUGUGGGCAUAUUGGCGGGCGAGUGUGUGUGUGUUGGUGAUUGCUGGCGCGCCGUGCACUUUAAGGGUGGGCAACCAAGCGCGCAGCCGUGCCUCUCUCGUGUGUGUUAUGUGGGCUGUGCGCGCAGCUACUCCGCCGAAGCAGAUUCCGCGGCGUGUUUCCUGUCUGGCGCGGGUGCCCGGGGUAAGCACAGCAGGUGCCUUGGUGCCACCUCAAAACAAAACGCCGACGCCGAUUUAAUUGAUGCCAGCCGUGGCCUGUUGUUGUUCGUGUCCUUGAUUCGCAACCAAACCGCUUGAGCAAAGAUUAAGAUUGACUUUGUAGUGGCAACAAUUUGAGUUGAAAUUCGAGAGCUACUUGUCUGUGUGGGAAAGAUGGAAACCUACGAAAAAUGCAGAAACGGCCGGGGAGCGAUGACUUCUUGCGGCUUGAUGAGAGCUAAACGUAACACAACAGAUUAGAAGCUCAAGCUCUGCUACCCUAUGCUAUGAGAGUUUUUGUUGCGAUUUCAAAUUGAGAGGUUGAGGUGUGUUUGCUCGCAACGUCGAAUUAAUGAUAGCAACAGAAAAUAUAAGUAGGUAUCUCCGUGUCCGUAUUCUACGUCUAUUUCCUAUGGCGUGGAUCUUGGCGCACGCCGGUGGUAUCUUGGCCCCGCAGUGGUAUCGUUCGGGUUUGUGAAGAGAUUGCCCGGUCCGCGGGUCGUAUUGUUGACGGGGCCGAUGCAGUAUAGUACGCUGCGCGCGGUUCACGAUGGCGAGGGAGCCAGCGCGGCUUCAGGCGGCGGGUUGGCCAGCUGGAACAACACGCGGGGCAGGAGACCAGCUCGAGCAGCCUCGUUGCGACUCUAUCUAGCUCAAAACGCACCCUUUUUCGCGCUUGUCUCUACCCGUUUCGCACUGCUGAAAGCCUGUGUGUUCAAACGCAAAAGCCAAACCGGAAAGCGCUGAGCGAGGAACAUCGCGCGCCAAGAAGAAGAGGGGCGCGGUCGCCCGUCUUCCCCCGCCCGCGCGGCUGCUAGCCCUCGGCGAGCCUGGCGCGCUCUGUAAAGCGGCAAAGCCGCCGGCCGUUUGAAGGCCCGCCCCCCCGCCCGGCGGCCGGGCGGGUUGUGGCGAAGUGCGUGCCAGCACCUUCGCAGCUGGAAUGGCUUACGGGCCCCGCACCAGCCCCCGGCGGGCUGUGUUGCCAUUAUGGGGACUGCCGCCCCGCCCAGCGCUGCUGUGCUCUGCCGGCCCGCGCGGGGCACCCACGCACCUGCAGCCCGUCGCGCCGCAAUUGUGGGCCGGCUAUUCGUCGGGCGGCCGGCCGGGUGCCGUACUUCCGUGGUCGGUGUGGUGCUUGCUGAUUGAUGGCGCGCCGUUCGCCCUGGGGGCAGGCAGCCAAGUACGUGGCCGCGCGCCCCUGUCUAGCCAGUGCCCGUCGAGCUUAGUGAUGCAGUUAAUUCCCCGAGACAGAUCCCGGUGGCACAGAUCUUUUUCUGUGUGCUUCCUACAAGGCGCGGGUACCCGCGGUAAGGGAAGUGGUUCGGUGCCCCCCCAUCUCUACGACACUGAUUUAUUUGUGCGGGUUGUUCUCGCCCUUGAGUGAUAGACUCGCGAGCAAACCGCGUUAGCAAAGAUUGACCUCGGACUGGCAACAAUUUGAGCUGAAGUUCGAGAGCUACUUGUUUUCUAUGUGAGUGGGCAAGAUAUAAAUAACUGCGGAAAAAUGCAGAAACGGCCGGGGGGCGAUGACGUCUUGCGGCUUGAUGAGAGCUAAACGUGACAGAUGAGAAGCUCAUAGCUCUGCUACGGGCUGAAAGCUCAUGGUCAUACGUCGUCAUGUUAGAUCCGAGCACCGCGCAGAAGGAUGUGCAACAAGAUACAACUCAACAAAAGGUGAUUUGUGAACGUCUCGAGGACGAGUCGAAGCGAUAAUAGUUGAAGUGCUUAGGAAUCGUAAUCAUCCAAAAGCGCUCUACUUUUCGUGGAGCUGCUUCUUUCAAAUUCGAGCACGACAACGCAGAUAGAAACUUCACUCAACAUGGUAAGCCCCACCGCGAGCGACCAGCACCAGACCCGGCGGGGUCUCAACCUCCAGGUUGACAAAGCCGCACUUCGCGCGAAGAUGAAACAGGACUUGCUCGCGAAGUCGAAGAACAAAACUGCAGAUACACCAACUCUUUCCACCCCGGCGCAGUCGCCAUUGGAACAAGUUUUUCCACCAUCAACAUCUUCUACUCCAGACAUCACACUUUCCCAGAUCAUUGAGCAGAAGCGGCUCGGCACGCACUUCUUCAAGCAAGCCGACUACGAAAAAGCAGCGACGGAGUACACGAAGGGGGUGACUCUGUGCAAGCAAAGAUUACUUUCCGUCUCCUCUUCAUCAUCUCCCGAAACUACAACUACAAGCGAUGAACAGCAAACCUUCGCGGAAGCCCAGUCCAUCCGGGAAAAGCUUGCGGGGAUGUUGGGCAACCGGGCGCUUUGCUUCCUCCAGUUGAACGAAAAUGAGAAGGCGUUUAAGGAUUGCGAAAAGUGCUUGGAAUUGUUCCCGCUCAGCGACAAUUGUGCGCACUCGAGCUGCAAAUACGCGUACCGACAGGCGGUAGCGGGGGAGAAGAUGGGGCUGAGUGGCGUGGAGAAGGAGGAGUGCUUGAAGAAGUUGUACAUGGCGGCUGAUAGGCUGAAGGUAUAUUGGAUAAUUGGGGUAUUUUGUCAUGCAAAAGUCCUGAUAGAAUUCUGUUUGUGUUGCAUGAACAUGAUGCGUGACACUUGAACCUGCGUAUGAAUUUUGUCUUGCAAAAAUCAACACCCCAGGCCCUCGACCUGGAACGGGAAGCCGAAGUCGCAAUGGGUUUGCUGUUCAAGUGGAGCUGCCAGGUGCCGCACGAUUCGCUGAAGCUCCUCGCGAAAUCAAGCGGGUUCGAUGUGGAAGACGAUUUUGACGAACAUGUAUGCAUUGCAAAUAUGUCUGGGUCCUCUGGACGAUGUCGGGCUGUUUUUGCAUGGCACAGAAGGUCUGGCAUGGAGGCCCUAGCAUCACAGGUUUCGUCGAGAAGGUCUCGCAAUGCCUAACCCGCAUGACCAGCCCUCCAUUUUGGUGACAGGAAGCGGGCAUCUUUUGCGGCCUAUGCAUGAGAGAUUUGUGUGUGUUGUGAAAUGCGCAUCACAACUUCACACCCUUCCAGACCCAGACACUCUUGCAGUUGAUAGCAUGAGUUUGUCAACAACGCUAACCGGAUUGAGGAGCAGAUCAACCCGAACAGUGACUAUUUCAAGGUUCCUAUCCUGAGCAAAAACGUCUCCACGACCCCAUAGUCAAGUUGGGAAUCUAGCAACACAAAUCUCCAAGUUUUGGGAGCUGUGCAUGACAAGCUUCUCUCUGCAGUGUAGUGCUGGCUGGCAAGGGAAGCCGCAUGAGAAAGCCACUUUCUCAUCCUGUUUACAGCAUUACAAAUUCCAAAACACGAUUGGAAAUGCCUCUCAUGGAACUGCGCACUACAAAUGUUCCUGUCAUUGCGCAUUUGCAUGACAACUCUGGGCGGGUGGGUACGGUUUUACUCAGGAUAGUUCCAGUCCCGAAGGAGGAGAAGUUUGUGAAGCACGCACAGCCAAUUCCGGCGAUAAAAGACUCCAGUGGUGCAGAAGUAGUCCCCUCCUCUUCUUCUCUCGACAGCUGUAGCCCCACGGAUGAAGAAGUAGGAAGUAGUAUUGCAAUACAAACCAACGCCAACCCGUCCUCGUCAGACCCCAUCCCAGCGAUAGCAGCGUCUGGCACCUCGAAGGCGGUGCAGUCGCGGAUCGAUCUGGAGGCGAUGCGAAAACGGUUAGAGAUAUGCAGGAAAAAACACCCAUCCCCAUCCAUUUUUUGCAUGACAAACGCUGGAGAUUAUGCACGUUUUGCAUGACAAAUUGGAUGGGGAUGGUUGUUUUUUCCUGGAUAAGAGAAGAUUGCGGAGGACACGGAGAGGACGAUGCAGGAAAUCCUCAUAUGGAAGCGUCAGGUUUGAAAUCGACAAAGUUGAAAUAAUUUGUCAUGCGUAAAAUGUAUACCAGUUGGAAGACCAAUUUUCAAGCGGCGCAUGACAAAUUUUCGGACCACCGGAAUCCAAUUUGUCAUGCUGUUUGGGCACAGAGGACUGCUUUUGUCAUGCCCCUUUAGCAGCUGUAUCCCACACCCUAGAUAGGCUUACAAUCUGCCUCACUUGCUAUCUCGGCAAGACAGGCACUUCAUGCCUUGUAUUUUAUGCAUCACAAACUAUUUCAACUUUGACGAUUUCAAACCUGACGCUUCCAUAUCUCAGCAAAGACGAGUACAAAGCGACUGCACUGGCGAGAAGUAAUGAGAAUUUUGACGGGACAGCAAAUGAUCCGCAAGUAGACAAGGACGGAGACGAUGAAACCGCAAAUUCUCCCACGAGCAAGGUAGGGAGUACGACAGUCAGGAAGAUCGGGGAGUUUGUGCCGAUAAAAUUCCCGGGGGUAGAGGACGGUUCGGAGGACGACGAUUCCGACAGCGAGGCUGACGAGGAGGAAGCUGCGAAAACCGCGGAAGAGAAGUUAUCGGAUUUGGACAAACAGAAGCUGCAGGUGUUUCAGGAAUUCGCCAGGCGGCGGGAGCAGAAAGAGAAGCUGUUGGCAAGGUGGCGGAGCCCGGUGAGGAGUAAUAGUGCUGGGGAGGAGAGGAAGUUGGAGAACUGAUAGGAUACUGAAGGUAGUUGUAGUAAUAACAGGGUUAAUAUAUUUGCUGACCGCUUCUUGAAGCUGAAAAAGAUCUGGGUAACCACGUGCUGGUCGCUGCACCGUGUGAAGCAGAAGCGAAAGCUGAUACCAGAACAAGUAAAUCGGAUUUUCUUUGACUCGAACUGCGAACCCGAGGACCAGAGCUACAUCGCUGAACUUGUCUUUUUUAGAAAAGAAAACUCAACUUUGUUUACUGCUCGCUCGUGCCCGUUUCUUUGAAGACAGAUGCAGGAGAAACCGAGGUGGAG